AUGGAGUCUUGGAAUUCAGAUAUUUUAGGAAGUCCUGGUUUUAUAUAUAUGAGUAAACUAAAAAGACUCAAAAAAUAUUUACAAUUAUGGAACUGGAAUACUUUUGUUGAUGUUACAAAAAAGCUUAAACAAGUUGAAGAAGAUGUUAUGAAAGCAACUUUAUUAUCUGACAGAAAUCCUUUGGAUUUGCAUCUGCUCAAUAAACUUGUGACUUUAAGAGGGCAACAAGAGGUUUUACUUGAUCAACAAAAAGCAAUUAUUCAACAAAAAUCAAGGGUAAAAUGGUUAAAAGAAGGAGCUGCUAAUACAAGAUUUUUCCGUAUUAACCUAAAGGUAAGACAAACUCAAAAUUCUAUUGUGGAAUUAGAAAAACAAGAAGGUGGCAUUACUUCUAACCAAGAGGAGAUAACAGACAUUUUAGUCAAGCAUUUUGAAGACAAAUUUACAUUUCAGGAAGUUUCUAUGGCAACUAAUAUUUUUAAUGAUAUUCCUGAGGUAGUGACUGAAGAAGAAAAUUAUAUGAUUGAAGCUAUUCCAAAUGCAGAUGAAAUAAGAGAAGUUGUUUUUGAUUUAAACCCAGAUAGUGCUCCUGGUCCAGAUGCCUUUGCUGUAUGGUUAUAUAGGGAAGUUAAAAAUGCUAAAAGAGAAAAUCAAUUUAGGCCAAUUGGAUUGAUGAAUUUCAGCUUUAAGGUUAUCACAAAAAUUAUUACAAAAAGGUUAACUGAAAUCAUUAAAAAAGUGGUAUCUCCUCAACAGAGUGCCUUCAUUAAAGGGAGAAAUAUUCAAGAAAAGAUUGCUUUAACUUCUGAAUUAGUAAAUGAUUUGGAACACAAGAGAAGAGGUGGCAACAUGGGAUUGAAGCUAGACAUCACUCAGGCAUAUGACUCUCUGAGUUGGGAAUUCAUGUUCCAAGUAAUGCAAAAGCUUGGAUUCUCAAGUAAUGUUACUAGAUGGCUACAUACUCUUCUAAAAUCAGCUAAGAUAUCUGUUUUAUUAAAUGGAAGCCUUGUGGGUUAUUUCCAAGUUAGUAGAUGGUUGAGACAAGGUGACCCAUUGUCUCCACUCCUUUUUGUCAUAGCUGAAGAUCUCCUAAGCAGAACUCUUACAAGAAUGGUGCAAGAUAAUCAAAUUCAGCCAAUGAUUACAAGAAAGAAUGUUCAUCCUUCUCAUAUAUUUUUUGUAGAUGAUAUUUUUAUAUCUGCAAUGCUGAUAAGUGAAAUCUUUCCCAUAUAUACAAUGGCAGUAUACAAGUGGCCUAGAACAAUAAUCAAGGAAUGUGAAAGAAUCAUCAGAAAUUUUCUAUGGACUGGUGAUCCUUCUUCAAGAAAAGUUAUUACAAUAAAAUGGGAUUCUGUUUGCUCUCCUAUAGAUGAAGGUGGUAUAGGUCUGAGAAGAUUGGAAAUCCUUAAUAAAUCUCUCUUAAUGAAGUUGUAUUGGAAAAUUCUAAAUGGAGAUGAUGAAAUGUCAAUAUAUUUUCAAGCUAAGUAUCAAGACAGAAAUGGUGACUGGAUUCAGUAUUAUAGAAAAUCCUUUGUAUGGCCAGGUAUGCAAUGGGUAGCAAAUGAAGUUCUAAAUCAUUCCAGAUGGCUAGUGGGGAAGGGAGAAAGCAUUUCAGUUUGGAAAGAAAAAUGGAUUAAAGAUAAAUCAUUGUUAGAUUUGUUCCCUGAGAAUUCUUUUAUGAUCCAAUUUCCAAAUAUGAAAGUCUCUGACAUUUUACUAGAUGGUGCAUGGGUAAUUCCAACUGAAAUGUUGGUGAUGUUUGGUAUAAGUGAAUUGCCAGUUGUUGAUAAUCAAGAAGAUAAAAGAGUUUGGAUCCCUAUUGAAAAAGCGGGGGUCUAA